UCUCCUGCCUGGCACUCUUUGUCCGGCGGCGACAGUAGGCCGUGAUUAAUAUGGCAAAAUGUGCGUGUUUGUAUGAAUUAUUAUUUUAAACUGUACCACAACAGAAACCAUAUACCGUGCGAGGACUGGUAUAUCGGCAAUGACACACUGGAGAGGUUCAUAUUAACGACUACAGAGCAAGCAACGGAGAAAGGUCAUAUUAAUGGCUGCCGAAUCGGGGAGACUCCUGGCGGGACAAGGCCAAGGAAAGCGAGGCAAAGGUGGACAGAUGAAGAGCCCAGAGAAGAAGAAGAGGAAAUCCAAUGCUCAGGGCCCUGGUGGCGCGUUCUCCCACCUCUCUGAGUUUGCACCCCCUCCCACCCCCAUGGUGGACCACCUUGUUGCCUCCAACCCUUUUGACGAUGACUUUGGCCCCCCAUCACUGCCGUCCCGACCCGGUGGGGCUGGAGGUCCAGGAGGGGGUCCCUUCAUCCCCAGCCCCGGGGCAGGUGGAGGAGGAGUGCCGUAUGGGGGUGGAGGCAGGAUGGGCCCCGGGGGCAUGGGCUUCAUGGGGGGUCCCGGAGGACCCGUUGGAGGUCCAGGACGGAGACCGCCCUUUGGCCCAGGACCACCCAACGCAGGUCCGCACCACCAGCUGGGCUUUGGGGGGAUGCCUGGCUUCGGGGGUGGAGGUGGCGGAGGAGGUUUCCCGGGACCUGGAGGUCCGUCGCAAUUUAACAUGCCCCCCAAUUUCAGUCCGCCCAUGCACCCGGGACCGGCGUUCAACCCCAUGCUGUCCCCUGGUGGUAUGGGGGGUCCUGGAGGAGGGGGGCCACCGCACCCUCGGUUUGGGAUACCCCCGCAGCAACAGCACGGACAGGGUGGGCACCCCUUCAACAGCCCCCCUUUGACCGGUGGCGGAGGCCCCAGGGGACCCCUCCAUGGCCCCAUGAACCCCAUGGGGGGCAUGCCUGGAGGGAUGAACAUGAUGGGGGGCAUGGGAGGUGGCCCAGGAGGAAACAUGGGAGGGAUGCCAGGUCUACCCCCUCAAGGACAGUUCCCUCCUUCACAAGAUGGGCCCUACCCAGGCCCCAGCCCCCCGGGCCCAGGAAACGAGGAGGGGAAGAACUUUGGCGGCGGUGGGCCCCAGUCUGGGCCUCCUCAGCAGCAGCAGCCUAACUUAAACUCCUCUGGUCCCCCGGGUCCCAACAACACUCCCCCCGGGCCUCCCAACUCUGGCCCUCCCCAGCCUGGAGGAGGCUUCCCUGGCCACCCUGACCAGCAUCCCAACCCCAACACACCCGGACAGCCCCCCUCAGCACCGCCCCAGCCCAACCCUAACUCCUCCCCCACCGGCCCCCUCAACGGAUCCCAGCCUCAGCAGCUGCUGCCCAAUCAGCUGCAGGGGCCCAAUUCUGCCAACACCCCCUCUUCCAAUAACCCGUCCCAGCAGCAGUCUACUCUGCCCAAUUCUGCCCCCGGCUCCACCCCUUACAACCAGCAGAACAACGCUCCUGGUGGAGGCCCCAUGCCCAAUGCUCCCUCCAAUUCUGCCCAGAACAACAUGACCAACAACAGUGGGGGCAACACCCCCGGCAGCAACCCUAACCCCCCUUCCAACUCCACCCCCAACACCCAGUCUCCGCUGCCCCCCGGCCCGGCCAACACCUCCACAGGCCCAGGCGCCGGUCCAGGAAAGCUGGGGGGCCCAGGCAUGGUGUUCCCCUGCGGUUUCUGCCUGUCGGAGGUGCACGACGACCAGGAUGCCAUCUUGUGCGAGGCUUCGUGUCAGCGCUGGUUCCACCGUGACUGCACGGGUCUGACUGAGCCGGCCUACGGGCUGCUGACCCGGGAGAGCUCUGCCGUCUGGGCCUGCGACUUCUGCCUCAAAACCAAGGAGAUCCAGGCUGUGUACGUCCGCCAGGGCCUGGGCCAGCUGGUGGCUGCCAACGAAGGCUGAGGAAUGGGAGACGGAGGAGGAGAGACUGGGAGGGGUGCAGGGGAAGAGACAUUGACUGCUCUGAUCUCUCUCACUCAAACUUAUCUGAUAAGCCGUUUACAAUGCCCAAAUCUCUCUUUUACAUACAUAAACACACUUACACUCACUGGCCAGUUUAUUAGGUAUUAGGCCCCUUUCACGAAAAUGGAUCGCUUCUACAGACAGUGAGUCACAUGGCCGUGGCUUGUUAUGUAAAGCAGUCAGACAGGCAUCGAGGCAUUCAGUUACUGUUCGAUUGAACGUUAGAAUAGGCAAGCGACUUUGAGCGCGGUAUGAUCGUCGGUGCCAGGCGCGCCGGAUCCAGUAUCUCAGAAACAGACGCCCUCCUGGGCUUUUCACGCACAACAGUGUGUAAGGUUUACAGAGAAUGGUGCGACAAACAAAAAACCAUCCAGAAUUGUGCAAGCUAUCAGGCGGGCCACAAACAGACAAAUAACGGCGCAGUACAACAGUGAAGUGCAGAACGGCAUCUCGGAACGCAAAACUCACCGAACCUUGUCAAGGAUGGGCUAUUGCAGCAGAUGACCACACCAGGUUCCACUCCUAUCAGCUAAAAACAAAAAGAAGCAGCUUCAGUGG